CAUCCUCACAACCCGCCGCUGUCGCAAAAUCCCACUGCAGGUUGACUCACGUCGCGCGUCUGCAGCACCUGUAUCAAUUGUCUCGUCUGCAAUAUCGCUCGCUCGCAGUGGCUCGACCCAGAUCCAAGAUUCCCACGCUACAACGCCUCCGCGCCGUCGAUCCCUCCAUCCAACUCCAACUCCAGCUCCAACAACCCCACCUUCUCGAUACCCCUCCAUCAUAACGCGGGCCAAGAUGCCCACCGUUCACCUGUUGGACUAUGUCGCCGGCAACAUCAGGAGCCUGGUAAACGCCAUUGAGAGCCAGGGCUAUGAUGUCGAAUGGGUUCGGUCACCGGAAGACGUCCCCAAUGCCGAGAAACUCAUCCUCCCCGGCGUCGGCCACUUCGGCCACUGCCUCUCCCAGCUCUCCCACGCCGGCUACCUCGAGCCUGUUCGAAAACACAUCAAUGCCGGCAAGCCCUUCAUGGCCAUCUGCGUCGGCCUGCAGGCACUCUUCGAGGGCUCUGUCGAGGACGCCGAUGUCCCUGGCUUCGGCAUCAUCAAGGGUUCGCUCGACCGCUUUGACGACUCAAACAAGGCUGUCCCGCACAUCGGCUGGAACAGCGCAAAUACUUCUGGUGCUUCCAUGUACGACCUUCGCCCAGACUCCAAGUACUACUAUGUCCACUCGUACAAGCUGCCCUAUAAGCAGGGUGAACUAGAGGCCCAGGGAUGGACCGUCGCGACUGGCACAUACGGUACAGAGACCUUUGUCGGUGCUGUCGCCAAGGGUAACAUCUACGCAACCCAGUUCCACCCCGAAAAGUCUGGUGUUGCUGGUCUGCGCACCCUCCGUGCCUUCUUGACUGGCGAUGGUGCCAAGGCUCUCACUGCUGCGUCCCUUGAUGGCGGUGCUGUUGAGUUCAAGGACAGUCUCACCCGCCGUGUCAUCGCCUGUCUCGACGUCCGAACCAACGACCAGGGCGACCUCGUCGUCACCAAGGGCGACCAGUACGACGUGCGCGAGAAGGGAGACGACCGUAACGUUCGCAACCUCGGCAAGCCUGUCGAGAUGGCCAAGAAGUACUACGAGGAGGGCGCCGACGAGAUCACUUUCCUCAACAUUACGUCGUUCCGCGACUGCCCCGUCGCCGAUCUGCCCAUGCUCGAGAUCCUUCGCCAGACAUCCCGUACCGUCUUUGUGCCCCUGACCAUCGGCGGCGGCAUCCGCGACACGGUCGACACGGACGGCACCAAGGUGUCCGCCCUCGAGAUUGCCACCAUGUACUUCAAGUCCGGUGCCGACAAGGUCUCCAUCGGCUCCGACGCCGUCCUAGCCGCUGAGGAGUACUACUCACUCGGCCGCAAGCUCUUCGGCAACACCGCCAUUGAGCAGAUCUCGCGAGCCUACGGCAACCAGGCUGUCGUCGUCAGCGUCGACCCCAAGCGCGUCUACGUCCCCAAGCCCGAUGCUACUCGCCACAACAUCCUACGCACCAGCUUCCCUGGACCCAAGGGUGAAGAGUACUGCUGGUACGCCUGCACCAUCAAGGGCGGCCGCGAGACCCGCGACAUGGACGUUGUCGAGCUCGUCCAAGCCGUCGAGGCCAUGGGUACUGGUGAGAUCCUCCUCAACUGCAUCGACAAGGACGGCACCAACAGCGGUUUCGACCUGGAGCUCAUCAACCAGGUCAAGAGCUCCAUCAGGAUCCCUGUCAUCGCCUCCAGCGGCGCCGGCAACCCAGGCCACUUCCAGGAGGUUUUUGAGAAGACACCAACAGACGCCGCUCUCGGUGCUGGCAUGUUCCACCGAGGCGAGUACACAGUCAAACAGGUUAAGGAUUAUUUGGAAGAGAAGGGACUCGAUGUGCGGAAAUUCGACGCCGAUCUUUAGAGGCAAGGGAAAUAGACAUGAAAUUCAACAAAAGUUAUA